AUGCGGUUUGUUUCCAUGUUGGUGGCUUUGGCCACGGCACAAUUGGCAACAUGUCAACAAUAUCACACUGGAUUUAACUAUGGCAGCACAUUCACAACUGGUGCUGCAAAAACGCAAGCAGACUUCGCAAAGGAGUUCAGGAGUGCUGCCAGCUUAUCUGGAGCCCCGCAAGCCUUUACAAGUGCUCGCUUGUACACCAACAUUCAAGCUGGCACAGCCAAUGACCCCAUAUCCGCAAUACCUGCAGCCAUCGGGACAAAGACGUCGCUGCUACUGGGCCUAUGGGCGUCGGCUGGUGCUGCAGCAUUUGCAAACGAGCUGGAGUCAUUGAGGAAAUCUAUCAAGACUUAUGGUGACCAGCUCAAAGGAGUUGUAGUGGGAAUCUCUGUAGGCUCCGAGGACCUAUAUCGGAAUUCCCCGACUGGUCAAGCCAACAAGGAGAAUCCUGGUGCAGACCCCGGAACCAUCGUCGAUUAUAUCGCACAGACCCGUGCCGUCAUCAAAGGCACUGUUCUUGACGGAGUUCCCAUCGGUCAUGUUGAUACCUGGACGGAGUGGGUCAACCUGGGCAGAAACCAGGCCGUCGUCAACGCUGUUGACUGGCUCGGAUUCGAUGGAUAUCCUUAUUUCGAAACAACAGCCGCUCAAGGCAACUCCAUCGACCAGAACAAAGCCCUCUUCGACAGCUCACUCCAGCAAACAAGAAAUGUCGCGGCCGGUAAAGCCGUAUGGAUUACCGAGACCGGCUUUCCUGUCAGUGGAAAAACGAGCGGUAGCGCCGUACCUAGCGUCGAGAACGCCAGGACGUACUGGCAACAGGUUGGUUGCGCUACUGUUGGUAGCAUGAACGUAUUUUGGUACACGUUACAGGAUGCUGCACCCAACACCCCGAAUCCGUCUUUUGGCAUUCUCGACUCAAGCGGCAAUCAGCUAUACGAUCUGGCCUGUAACAGGGCGGCCGAUGCAGCACGCUCUUCUGGUUCCUCGCCAGGGACAGUUUCUCAAGGGGCUUCUGAUGCGGUGGUACUACCCUCCCCAAAUUCAGUCAGCACAAUGUCACCGGCAGCUAGUGGCCAACAGACGGAUUUCUUCUCGAUCCAGACUCAGACUUCGGUAGCUGGCAUAAGUGAGGCUCCUCCAUCGAGUACCAAUAGUGAUGGCGAUUCCUCCAUUGGGUUUACAAUCCAGACAGAGACCUCCAUUACCAAUUCAGCUGCUCCCGAGCCAACGUCUGCCAUUGUUUCAGGGUCGACCACAUCUCCUGCCUCGCAUAGCCGCGACCCCACCGCUACGCAGACACAGUCAGAGACGGGUGUGCCCGGUCUUGGUGCUGCCGUCAACGCGGGCUCUUUUGCUGCUGCUUUCGCUGCCAUUUUAGGUGCAGUAUUCUAUAUUUGA